CUAUUAAAAGAGAGAAAUCACCACACCCCAAUUAGUUGAUAUAGCACAUUUGGCUAAUUGGUAAAAGAAAUGUUAUAUUCACAGAUCAGAUAAAAAUUGAAUUUCUAUAUCAAUCUACCAAGCAACCACUAAUUAAAUGUUGAGUAGAUUUCUGACAUGUCCUAUAAGCCCUACUAUGGCUGUGAUGUUUUGGUUUUUACUUUAGAAUGUUUAUUGAUUCAUUUCAAUUUAACAGAUAUUUACUAUCACUUUAUGCAGGCAUGAAGCUAGGCACUGGGAUGCAAAGAGUAAUUAAAUAUGGGACAAGGUGUGCCAAAGAAGACUACUGGUCCUGUAGGAUUGGCUGCAUGUGAGAAUCCACAUGAGAGGCUAAGAAUACUGUACACAAAGAUCCUUGAUGUUCUUGAGCAAAUCUCUGAAAAUGCAGCAUAUAAAAAGUGUACAGAACAGAUUACAAAUGAGAAGUUGGCUAUGCUUAAAGUGGAACCAGAUGUUAAAAAAUUAGAAGACCAACUUCAAGGUGGCCAGAUAGAAGAGGGGAUUCAUCAGGCUGAAAAUGAACUGAGUCUGGUGAGAAAAAUAAUGCAGUGGAAACCAGGGGAGGCAUUAGUGGAAGAGCCUCCUGCCAAUCAGUGGAAACAGCCAAUAUAAUUAUUAAAUGACUUUGGUGGGUUGAGGGAAAUAGAUGUAAUUAAAUAUUCUGUUACAUUAAGAGUGUGUUCAUAUUAUUGAUAUUUCAUAAUCAAGAAAACUGAUACAGAAAAUACUUAGGAGACUCGUUAAAAUGAAUGAUUAUGGUAACAUCAUCUUGUGAGUCAAUUUUUGAUUUGUAAAUUUUUCACACAAAUUAUUUCCAAGAUGAUAUUUC